UUGUUGAUCUGAAAAGUUGCAUUUUCGUGGUGCGUUAUCAGUUGCAUUACUUGACAAAUCUUAUCAGCGUCGUUUCGCCAGGUGAAAGCAGUGCAGGUUCUGGAAAAAUGGCAUGCUCGAAGGCACUCCAACGCAGCUCAGCUGUUCUGAUGCGGAAUGUUCUCCCCGUCCAAAGUCAGCUGGCGGUGCGCGCUAGCUCCUGGUGGAGUGCCGUACAGAUGGGACCCCCGGACGUCAUUCUGGGCGUUACGGAGGCCUUCAAGCGCGACACCAAUCCGAAAAAGAUCAACCUCGGCGUAGGCGCCUACCGGGACGAUAAUGGCAAACCGUUCGUCCUGCCGAGCGUGAAAAAGGCCGAACAACGGCUAGCGAACAAGCAACUCGAUCACGAAUACUCGCCGAUCGGCGGAACGGCCGAGUUCAGCAAGCAAAGCAUUCUGUUGGCCCUCGGUGAGGAUAGUCAGCACGUCGCCGAUGGCCUGAAUGCCACCGUACAGGGUAUCAGUGGAACCGGUUCGCUGCGCAUCGGUGGCGCGUUCCUGGCCAGCUUUUUCCCCGGCCCGAAAGAUAUCUACCUGCCGACGCCGUCCUGGGGUAACCAUGGGCCCAUCUUCCGGCACGCGGGACUGAACGUAAAGUCGUACCGCUACUACGAUCCGUCGACGUGUGGAUUCGACUUCAAGGGUGCCCUCGAGGAUCUGUCGAAAAUCCCAGAAAAGUCGAUAGUAUUACUGCACGCCUGCGCACACAAUCCGACCGGUGUCGAUCCGAAGCCGGAACAGUGGGCCGAAAUGUCGGCCGUCAUCAAGAAGCGCAAUCUGUUCCCGUUCUUCGACAUGGCGUACCAGGGCUUCGCGAGCGGAGACGUCGCCAAGGAUGCGUUCGCCGUGCGUUCCUUCCUCCGCGAUGGCCACCAGAUUGCGCUGGCCCAAAGCUUCGCCAAGAACAUGGGCCUGUACGGUGAACGUGCCGGUGCGUUCUCGCUCGUCACCGGCAGCAAGGAUGAGGCCGACCGGACGAUGUCGCAGAUCAAGAUCAUCAUCCGACCGAUGUACUCCAACCCACCGAUCAACGGUGCCCGGCUGGUGGCCGAAAUUCUGAGUGACAAGCAGCUGCGUCAGGAGUGGCUCGCCGACGUGAAGCUGAUGGCUGACCGGAUCAUUUCCGUCCGCUCGAAGCUGCAGCAGAACCUGAAAGAUUUGGGCUCGUCACGCAACUGGGCCCACAUUACCGAUCAGAUUGGCAUGUUCUGUUUCACCGGCAUGAACCAGCAGCAGUGCGAGCGGCUGACGAAGGAGUUCAGCGUGUAUCUGACGAAGGAUGGGCGCAUUUCGAUGGCCGGCGUAACGUCAAAGAACGUCGGAUACCUUGCGGAGGCCAUUCAUGCCGUUACGAAGUAAACACACACGUUCCUUCAACGCAUUGGGACCCGGCCUGAAAGGCGCGCGUAUGACUUUUGUUAGCCCAAAUUGAAUGCAUUUAGAAUGCAUUUGACUCUACUGAACGAUAUACUGUGCUUUAAAGCGAUCACAACCCAAAAGUUCACACCAUGAGACACAUUUAGGAGAUGCAUUUUUUUUUAUUGCCUUACACAAAACCAUCCCAUUUUUGCCUUUACAACUUUGGACCGCAUACGUAUACCGGACCAUCGGAUCAUAUCAAACGGAAGCACUCGGAAGAUGCACCGUCGAGCUUAGCUGUAGUCAAUCUCUAAUUGAUAAAAAGUGACACAAUUUUCAUGCAAACAGCCGUUUUAAAGCAGGCGCUAUUUUUUUAUUUUUGUUAGGAAACUUAAUCAAACAAACACGUGUGCAAUUGGAUUGCUCGUGUCCCAUUGAGGCCCUUACAUAAUGAUAACUUGUUUAGAUAGUUGGUGAAGGAUCGUUUGAUAUCUGCUGGCAUUGAUUGUGAAAGUGUUUUGCGAGAGAUUAAUAUAGCAUUAUUUAAAGUGUAAUAGAUGGUAGUUUAAAUUCCUGCA